AUGGCCCUCCUGCUGAUUCUUCAGCUGCUGACCUGCUGGCCUCUGUGUCACGCAGACAUCACUCCGACUGUCCUCCCAGAUUCAUACCCCAAGCCAUGGCUGGGGGUUCAGCCAGCUGCAGUUGUGACCCCAGGGGUGAAUGUGACCUUGAGGUGCCAGGCACCCCAACCUGCCUGGAGGUUUGCGCUCUUCAAGUCUGGAGAUACCACAGUGCACCAGAACGUGUCCCAGGCGGUGGCAGAGUUCUUCCUGGAGGAGGUGACCCCGGCCCAGGGGGGCCGUUACCACUGCUGCUACCAGAGGCCAGGCUGGGGGCAUGGUCUCUGGUCCCAGCCCAGCGAUACCCUGGAGCUGCUGGUGACAGACGAGCUGCCGCGCCCGUCGCUGGAGGCGCAGCCGGGGCCGGUGGUGGCGCGCGGGGCCAACGUGAGCCUGCGCUGCGCGGGGCGCCUGGGCGGCAUGAGCUUCGCGCUGUACCGCGAGGGCACGCGGGCGCCGCUGCUCUACCGCCGCUCGGCGCUGCCCUGGGCCGACUUCCCGCUGCCCGCGGCCCAGGCGCCCGGCACCUACAGCUGCUACUACCACACGCCGGCCGCGCCCUACGUGCUGUCGGCCCGCAGCCCGCCGCUGGUCGUCCGCUCAGAGGACUCCUUGGACUACACCCGGGGGAACCUCGUGCGCCUGGGGCUGGCCGGCCUGGUGCUCAUCGCCCUGGUCACCCUGGUGCUUGCUGACUGGCGCAGCCGGCCCGAAGCCCCACAGGACUGGAUCUAG